AUGCAGACUGAGCAUGUUAUUCGACUCUACAAUGUUACGCGCUACAUGGACAUUGGACGCUUUACAGCAUUCUUGACGGCCCACAUUAGUCCUGAAUUUGAUCUGGAACCUUUGGACACGUGCACACCGGACUCUAGGACAUCAACGGUGUGGCGACUGACGAUCCAAUUAGCAGGCUGCCCCAAUUUUCUACGUGAUGUGGUGCGCCUGCUAUGGUUUGGUACAGUAAUUGUUCUCAAACACCCCGAAGUGGGGAAGAGGCUGCAAUGUUUACGGUUCGGGAACAUAGGCCAUACUAUGGCAAGGUGUGGAUUUUCGACGGAGCAGCUGCGUGGCCCCGGCAGUAUUUUGGCUUCCGAGGAAGAGGUGUCGCAGCUGGAGGAUCUGGCUGUUCCUUUCCGUAGCUUUGCCGAGAUGUGCGACAUCGCGGCCCAGCGUAUACGCCUUCAAGACCAAGCAGAUACGGUCUCUGCACAGGCAGUCCAGCCCCCUUCUGUUAUGGUGCUCACGCUUGCCGUGGACUGCGUCAACUCCGACGGUCGUGAUGGUCGUAUCGUGGCGGCGUCCGGAAUUGGUGGUCGUUCAACCGCCCCUCCUGACCAGUCUGGACAAACACCACUUGCGCAGCCCAAACCUAAGCCUAGGCCAUAA